AUGCGCGCAAUUGGGAGGAGGCUACUCAGACGGAAAAGCGCACCUGCCCUCCCCGCGCAUGUCCUUCUCAUUCCCCCCCCGCUAACUGGCCUUAGAUGCUAUACGGAUGGAGCAUGGGACCCUGUCUCUGGUCACAGUGGACAAGGCUGGGCUUUUAUUGAUUCCACCGGUGCUACUAUCAGGCACCAAUCUUGUAACCGCCUUCACGUGGCUGCGCCUAUUGUGGCGGAAGCACUAGCGGUAAAGGCUGCUCUCAUUGAUGCAGUCUCUAAUGAUUUCUCUCAGAUUAACAUCUUAUCUGAUUCGAAGUCUCUUGUCAACCUCCUCAACUCCUCUGCCUCGACAGCCCUACUUCAGAGUGUCUUGUUUGAUAUUAGAGUAUUGAGUUGUAGGCUUGAUUCUAUCACCUUUUCUUUUGUUCCCCGAUUGGGAAACGUUGUUGCUGAUUCCUUGCUUUGA